GAGGAGGAAGCGGCCAGCUCACGUGACCUCGGUUCGUAUCGGGCGGGAGAUGCGGCCCGGGCUGUAGUCGGUGACGUCCGGUUUUUUAGUCACGUGCUCGGCGCUGAGAAGGAGGGUUGUCCCUGACGUCACUUCUUCGGGCGGAGGAGGAGGGGGUGACAAGUUUUUUUUGGGGGUGGCCCCCUGUGGGAUGCCGGACCAUGCAACGGAGCGCCGCUGACCGCCCACGCCUGCCCUGAACCCGCGUUUUUCUACGCCAUGAGUUGCCCCGACAACAAGGAGGAGUGCUCCGCUCCCCCGGCCAAGCAGCCUCGGGUGGCGGAGAAGGAGACGGAGGAGAAAGGCAGAAAAGAGGGCGCCCUGGACACGGCGGCCAGCCAGGAGGCGCAGGCCGCCCAGGCGUUGUGCGAAAUGACCAACUGGCGAGACGCCGGCGACCCGGCGCCCCCCGAGGAGAAGAAGAAAAAGAAGAAGAAAAACCCGGAAAGGGCCCCCGAGGAGCCCAACGGCGGGCUCCCCGUCUGCACCCCGGAGAGGGGCGACACGGGCGAGAGCGCCCGGGGGAUGCCGCACGUCCCCGAAGGCGGGGAGACCGCCGAGAAGAACCCGUCUCUGCGGAAAGCGGCCGACAAGAAGGAACCGGUGGAGCCGUACCGCAGGAACGGGCAGAAGAACCGGGACGGGAAGGGGACGGAGGAGCCGGCCGUGCUCUCGCCCCUCUCCUCCGAUUCCGGGGAGCGGAACUCUUGUAGCGAGGGCGACGAGUGCUGCAUCGUCAGCGUCGGGACCCAGCCGUCCAGCAACGACCGCUCCCUGCGGGCCCUGGAGACUGUGCAGGAGGAGCUGAGGGCCGUCAACGAGCGGGCCGACCGGGCGCUGCUGCAGCUCAAGAGACGCUACGGGCAGCUAAGGAAGCCGCACAUCCAGAAACGCAAUUCCAUCAUACGGGCCAUCCCUGGAUUCUGGGUCACCGCUUUCCUCAAUCAUCCUCAGCUGUCCGCCAUGAUAAAUGAUCGGGAUGAGGACACACUGAGUUACAUGAACAACCUACAGGUGGAGGACAUCACACACCUGAAGGCAAGUUGUAAAAUCAAAUUCUAUUUCAACUCCAACCCUUAUUUCAAGAACGACGUGAUCAUCAAAGAGUUCCAGUUUGGCCCCUCCGGGCGCCUCACCUCCCACUCCACUCCCAUUCGAUGGUGGCGGAGACAAAACCCAGAAUCGUACAACCAGGGCAAAUCUGCCAACUCCACACCAAGUUUUUUCAGCUGGUUCACCGAUCACAACUUCCCGGCAGCUGACCGUAUAGCCACGAUCAUCAAAGAAGACCUCUGGCCAAAUCCUUUGCAAUAUUACCUAAUGGGGGAAGGAGAAAGUGAUGACCAUGCAGCCGAGGACAGCGACCCCGACAACACCGAUGACUGUGUGGUCAUAGUGGACGACGACGAUGAAGACGACGAUGAUGAAGAAGGGGAGGAAGAUGAGGGAGAUGAUGAAGAUGAAAAUGAAGUGCAUGAAAUUUCUGACAAUACCGAAAAGCAAGCAGAAGGUACCGAUAAUGAGGAGGAGGAGGAAGAGGACGACGAGGAGGAAGCGGAGGAAGCGGAGGAGGAGUCAGUACCUGGAGACUUGGUGGAGUCCACCAUGGAAGAAGAGAACAUUGUGGUGGAUGCAGAUGAUUCUGCAGAGGAGGAGUCGUCAUCAGAAGAAGGAGGAGACUCUGAGUAGGAGGAAGAUGACGGCAUCUAGCGGAUAUUAGGAGGUGCAGGGGAAAGCCGCACCACCCCAACUAGAAGGCGAGUUGCACUGCAGGGAGAGAGAGAGAGAGAGAGAGUGUAAGGUGUUCUGGAAACACAGCGAGUGCAACUGUCCUAGGAAUAUAGAAAUGUGAGGGGCUUCCAGCGCACCCAGUCAGGGAAAAGCCCAAUCUUUUCUAGAUCAUAGAGUGGGAAGCGAGUCCCCGAUUCUUUACCCACCGCAGGCUCCCCAUAGCAUUUGCACUGCAGCCCUAGGCCCACCGGAGCCAGACUUGCCAACCUUCAGUUUUUAAUUAAAAAUGUUUUUCUUU